AAUAAUCGAAAGAAUUUAUAAAAGGCACAAGUAGCUCUUAUUUAUUAAAAAUAUUAAUGAAAACAUGGCUACGUUAUUAAAAGCAGCAGCCACAACGCUUCGAAGUUCGUUUAGGCAGGCUCGUAGCAUAACUACUACUCAAUCGAGACUUAUUAAAGAAAUACACGAAAAAACGGAAAACAAUGCCCGAGUCUACGAGGGAAUUAACGUGGUGUCUCCACGAUCGGAUAAAAUGCUUAAAUCGGCAUGUGACAGCACCUUUUGUCCAGAGUGCACAUUAGGGCUGGACAUUAAACACACCGAUGUGCUCAUUCUUUCCCAAUACGUCCGAUCUGAUGGUUGUAUGUUGCCAAGACGUAUCACAAAAUUGUGUCAUCGUCAGCAAAAGAAAAUGGGAACGCUAGUUACUAUGGCACAAAAGGCUGGCCUAAUGCCGAAUCUUGCCCCUUCCUGGAGUAAAAAGGACCCAACGAAACGCUCCGGCUGGCGCAAAUAUAACAAGUACUUCUUGGAGUCCACGAUUAAAUAUUAAUGUUAUGAUACUAUUUGCGUGUACGGUUGAAGAAAGGAGUUAAAAAAAAAUAAAAAGCUAGUGUGUGUUUACUUAA